AUGCUGCCCGGGGCCCCGCGGCGGGCGCUGGGCGCUGUGCUGCUGCUGGGCUCGCUGCUGCUGCCGCUGCCGCCGGCCGCCCGCGGCGCCGAGGAGUGCCUCCGCGGAAACGGCGCGUCCUACCGCGGCACCCGCCGAGUGGCCUCCGGCGGCGCCCCGUGCCUCAACUGGCUGAGCGUGCCGAGCCCCGCGCUGCCGGCAGUCAGCGAGGACCACAACAGCUGCAGGAACCCGGACGGCGCCGCCGCGCCCUGGUGCUUCGUCCGAAACGCUGCCGGAGACCCCGAGCGGCGACCCUGCGACAUCGCCCCGUGCUCAGAUGCUACAGCUGCCACAGCCCCAGUCCCUACAGCAGAGGUUGGUGCUUCUCAGGAGGAUGAGCAGGUGUUUGAACCAGCUGAUACGUUGCCCUCCCGGAGCGAGGCAGCCGCAGUGCAGCCCGUCAUUGGGAUCAGUCAGAGAGUGCAGAUGAGCUCCAAAGAAAAGAAGGACUUAGGGACACUAGGGUAUGUGCUGGGGCUGAUCAUGAUGGUGAUCAUCAUUGCCAUCGGAGCUGGGAUUGUCCUGGGAUACAUCUAUAAGAGGGGGAAAGACCUGAAGGAGAAGCACGAGCAGAAGGUUUACGAGCGGGAGAUGCAGCGCAUCACGCUGCCCCUGUCUGCCUUCAGCAACCCCGCGUGCGAGCUGGUGGAGGAGAACACCAUCGUGGUGCACACCACCCAGACCCCCGGGGAGGACACGGGCAGCGGCCCCCUCAUGGGGCAGGCGGGGACUCCUGGUGCCUGAGUGGCUCGGGCAGGACAUGCAGGCUGAGCAAAGCCUCCAGCUUCCCACUGUGAGUGCAGGGGGUGCGUGUGUUCAUUUCUGUUUUGUUUUCUUUUCGAUGAACGCCGGCUGAGGGUGACGCAGAGGAGCAGAGCAAUGGGCUAUUCAUCACCAUCUGUUGGAGGGGCACCAUUCAGUGCAGGACUGCCUAGGGAUUGGUGUGGUGGACCCUGCUGCUUCCUCCCACCUAUCUCCAUGGUGUGCCAAGGAGCUGGGGGGGAUGAUGAGCCAGGCUCACGACUGGCCACAGAUCCCAUAGCCCAGAGUGUGGUCUUGGCUUCCUCUUUUUCUGUUCCUUUCCUAUUUAAUGGUGUGCACUGUUUCUUAAGUUUCAGCCUGGAACCCCAGGAGGGAGCAGUACUGCAGGGACUGAGGGGAGCUUCAGGUCAGACUUAGCUACAUAAUUACACUCUAAUCAGUGAUUAUAGUUCCUGCCUUUUUGCUUUAGUAGCUGAGAGCUGGAAACACUGUCCAGAAUCCUGCUACUGGAUCAGGUUUGUUUUUUUUCCAAGGAAGAGUUUAUUUGAGGGAUGUCUUUGGCCAGGAGCAGUGUGUUUAGCCCCAGUGUCAGUUUGGAAAAGCUCUCCUCUAGCUCUUGACAAAUCCAGGUCUUCCAGGGCUGAGGCCACAUCUCCAUUCCCCUGUGGUGCUACAUGCACAGCCACAGUUGUAGGUGUCCAGGUGGUCUGUAUGUGCCUCCUGCUCACUUAUACAGAUCAGGAGACCAAGGGCCAGCAGUAGAUAGUUGUGAAGAAAACAAACUGCCCUUCAGUUACUUAAAACAGGUUAAACACUGAGGAUGGAUAACAUCCUCUCUGGAAUUCCCUUGGCUUCCUACAGAGCCAGUGCUGGACAGAGUGGCCAAGCUGUGGUCACCCAGAUCACAAUGCAGCAGCUCUGGCUCCAAGGGCAGGACAGGGCAGUUGUUUUGUAAGAUCCUGAAGUCAUGGCGUGGCUCCUGGCCCAGCCUCUGCCACACACACUCAGCUUGUGCAGCAAGACUACUUACAGAGCGUGGCCCUAUUAGAGAGGUUUUGUAACAACUUUUAUUAGCAUUUUGGGGGUUUGGAAGGGAUGGUUGCUGCAGUGUCUCCCAAGUGGCACCAAGGCAAGGCCAGUUCAGGGAAACACCCAUCCCCACCUCAGGGGAUUCAAGCCAUUCAAGUAAGUUUUCUAGCCAUCUGCUUUAUAGCUGUGGGCCUAACAGGGAGCAGCACUUGGCAGCAGGGGUUUUAGUGUUAACGUUUGAUUCAGAAAAGGGAAAUGUUUUAUUUUUAAAUGCCUUUGAAUACCAUUUCUUUGUAAAAUGUUUUAAAUACCUCAUUAUGAGAAGGUGCAGACUGUGCUACCUUGUAUUAAAGCUUAAAAGAAAAAUGCUCUGUA